AUGCCACAAAAAUCAAAAAGAAAAUGUCGUGCAACGACGGCUGCAGGAAGAAGGUGGACAACUGAAACAUUUGCACGAUCCGAUGACGACAGUGAUGAACAAAUUUCUAUGAAUUUGAGUAAUUUGAGCGAAAAUGAUCAACAAAAAUUUUCAUUAAAGGACAAAAUUAAUAUAUCAGACAUUGGUGAUUUGUUUGAAAUAGUUAAAAGUCAGACUUCUCUACGUUCAUUAUCAGUAUUGAUUUAUUUAUCGUUGAUGUACUUUGGUGUGUCCUGGCGAAAAGCUGAUUUAUUUUUAAAACAAAUUGGUUCACUCAGUGCUGAAACCUGUAACAAGUGGAGUGAAGUAUUUAUUGAAGGAGAUUUGGAUGAUUUUCUAGAGGACAAUAGAGGUAGUAAACGUGGUCAAAGCUUCUUCGACACCUUUCCUGAGUUGGAAAAUAUGGCUAAACUGUAUACCUUAGAAGGCUGUACGAGGAAAUCAGCAUCAUUUACUUCGUUAGAAUUGGCUCAAUAUUUGAACGAACAAUACUAUGAGUUAACAGGAGAGGUGAGAAAGGCUGUUUUUUGCGGCUUAACUUGGAAAGUUUGGCGUCGCUAG